AAAGCAUAAGUCUAGUUAUCGUCGAGUUCAUCUAACGGGAGGCCCAGGAAACAUGCUGUUUCGAUGGGGAUGUUAGAAGAGUUAGGUUCGUUGGGCAAGUAAUGAGGUGACUAGUAUCAUGCGGGGACUCAAGUGUCACUCUGGUUUCAAAAGUAUUCCCAGCCCGUUCUACGCUACUGGAAUUGACUCGGAUUUUAUCCAGCCAAGGGAUAUUUUUUUCGACAAUCUAACCCUUUUUGGAUCGGGUGAAUGGCCUAAUAAAAGCUGGUGCCAUGAAGUAUGAAGACCGACCCAUUUGGUUCGAUUUGUAUACAGCUUUUCCACCAAAACUAGAACCACGUUUUGAUCGUCCUGCCUCUGAAGUAAAAAUCAAAAAUAUAUUUUAUGCAGAAGAUGUAGCAAGAGCAAAAUUUCAUAAAACGGAAAGACAAAAUGAAACAAUAAAUUUAUUAGACACAAAAAGGAGAACCCAAACACAAAAUUUUAUUCAGCUUUAUGAGAAUUUGAAAACACAAAAUCCUUUAGAUGAAGAGAAAUUGUACGAGACCGCAGUGGAAUUAUUAGCAGAGCAAACUAGAAAUUCAAGUUCUCAGAAAAACUCGGAGACGACCGAUGAGAUCAAAACCACUUUAUCCAGUGAUUUUGCAGAGAGCUUGGGUAAAGAGGGACGUAAUAAACCUGUGGCGAAUGUAGACAUUCAAAAACUAUUCAGUGAAUAAAACAAUAUUUCCGAAUGAUAAAUUUAUUAUUAAAAAAUUAUUUUUUAUUGUAUUUAUACAGCUAAUGCAUCGUUUUGUGUCUCGUGACUCAGCUGUGUCUGGAGAUUAGACAAUUUAUUUUUUAAAACUUGCACUCCCAUUAUAACAAUAUUUUCGGGUUUAAGUGCGCCGGAAGACUCUACAUUAUAGAAGAAUUUAUUGGGUUUCGCUUCCCAAUUAUAAGGUGCCUCAUAUU